CAGGUACGAUGUGAUCGUCGAAACGGCACAUGCACCAAUUGCGAGCGCCUGAGAUUGGCUUGCUCGUUGGCUGCUUCACCACAAGGGCUCGAUCAUACAGCUCUUCGCAGCAAACCUCGCAGGUUACGUGGUAGCGUUGCUUGCGUUGCGUGUCGCGAGAAAAAGAUCAAGUGUUCUGCCACGACUCCUCAGUGUUCUAACUGCAAGCGUCAAGGUCGUCCUUGUGCCUACCCAACCUCGAAGCGCCCCCUGCGAAACCAUGCAGCACCAUCAGUCGCCUCCUCCACCUUGAGCCAGUCCUCUCCUGUGGGCCAUGGAGACAUCCAAGGCGUUCCGAGUCCAAGCCAUCCCAUCACAGAAGAGAUGCUGGUCCUCGUGGACGCCUUUUUCGAGAACAUAUACCCUCUGCCAUCCUACGCGUUCCUCCACCCCGAGACGACAAAGCGACGAUGCAGGGACGCUCAAGUACAUCGGGCCCUCGCUUCGGCUGUCUGCGCCAUUGCUGCCCUGCAUAUGGGCCGGGACAGACAACUCGCAUCUCGCUGGAUCCAAGGUGCUGAGCAGAGCAUCUGGCUUCAUCUCGGCUCUCCGACUAUCCCUCGACUACAGACGCUGCUCCUCAUCAUACACUUUCGUAUGGAGACUGGGGCAUUCCAGCGAGCCUUCAUGCUGACGGCUACGGCGGCGCGCUUUGCCGCGGCCAUGCGGCUCAACUAUGAGCGCCCAGACCUGGACCCAAUUAGCCGUGAGGUCCGCCGCCGGAUCGUAUGGUCUCUCAAAAUCAUGGAGCGAUACUUCUCUAUUGGCCUUCCCGAGUUCGAGCUCUGUCCCAUCGAAUCCAUCUAUCUUGAAUUCCCCAGCCCCGAGGAACAGUUCGAGACAAAGAGCCAAGGCGAGAAUGGCACGUAUCGUCUCCUGGUCAGGCUCGAAACCAUCCGACGAGACGUCAUGAAGUUGAACCGCAGUGUUGCCCCCUUGGACGAGUCGCUGCCUUCUCUGAUCAAGCUCAUCCGCCAUCAUCAGCAGUCCCUCUCCGACAUUGGCAUGGUUAUGCCAGAAGGGACGCAAUUGACCGAAACUCAAACACUAGGCCUUCUAGGGAGUCCUUGGCUGCCACGGCGUGUCUUGAUGCACAUAUCCUGGCACCAGGCUCACUGCGAUCUCAACCGGAUCCUGCUUUCCGGAUAUCCAGAGGCAGCACCUCCUAUUGUACUUGAAGCAGUAGACCCCGCAGAUCUUGCAGCUGGCGAGCGCCAAUGCCUCGAACAUGCCACCUCCAUCAUACAAAUUUUAACAAAUCUCAACCAACAAAGCACACAACGCCAAUGUCUCGAGUUCGACACUGCCAUCUGCGCCUACCAUGCCGCUCGCCUGAUACUCUUCAUAUCCCGGUUUGGCAGAGACCCUGACCGUCCUGCGCCAGAAUUUGCAGCCAGCCGAGCCGAUCUUUGUCUCACGGCGUUGAAGCGGUUCUUCCCGAGCUCAGCACUCGUCGCACCCAUCAUUGAAGAAUUACAGCGGUGCAUUGGCGUCUUCUCUCAGCAACAAGACGACUUGACGUCGUUCAAACUCGACCCCACCAAAGAGCCGACACGUCGUCGGGAUUUAGAAUCUCAACUCUCGGCUGCUGCCAGAGCUCGACAGAGACUUGCCAUACAUAGUCUGCUCCGGCAGGCUGAGUUCUCUGACGGCGAUGAUGACGAGGAACACGAUCGAGAGCCGGGAUUCAUCGAGCAAGCCUCAGCUCAGGGGCUUGAACGGGGCGGCGACUUUGUGAACCAAGAUGACCACAGAUGCAAUACACGUGCGUCCGGGCAUAAGAGCACUGCUUCUCUUGCCUCUGAUGGCCCAGUCUGCCAUACUCACAACGGAAACACGGAAGUCGAAGCUUCUGAUUGGCAAGUCAAUACUGGGUCGCAAAGCUCUCCUAGCAUUGAACAGAUGGCCACUCCGCUUCUUUCGUGGUUUGGGCCACAGGACUGGGACUGGCUGUCUAGCCGAGGGACUUGAUGCUGAUGAAACACUUCAACGCUGUUUGUAUAAUGAUACUGAUACCCAAGUCUCGAUCAUCGAUCAACAAGGCUCUGAAUUUUAUGUACUAUUUAU